GGUCCCGAUCAAGUUUGGUCCUUUUAGGUCUAGGGUAUUGGCUAUGGAGGAGUUUCUGGAUGUUCUGACGCCAGAAGGCGCGCACGCUGGAUUCUCCAAGCCCAGGAAUUUGGUGCACAGAGAUGGCGACUACCAUCGAGCAGUGCAGGUGUGCAUCUAUGCCGAGAGCACGAAGCAAAUCCUCUUGCAAAAGCGAGCGGAUUGCAAGGACUCAUGGCCCGGGCUGUGGGACAUUUCGUCCGCUGGGCAUAUCUCCGCCGGGGACACCUCGCUACACACUGUCAGGAAAGAGCUGGAAGAAGAGCUUGGGAUCAUCUUACCGGAGGAUGCUUUUGAGCUUCUCUUCGUCUUCCUACAAAGAGUCGCCCUUAACGACGGGAAGUUUAUAAACAAUGAGUACAACGAUGUCUACCUUGUGACAACCAUCGAUCCCAUGCCUUUGGAGGCUUUCACGCUUCAGGAGUCAGAAGUUUCCGAUGUCAAGUAUAUGUCCAUUGAAGAGUACAAGAUGGCUUUGAUCAAGAAGGAUCCAGCUUAUCUUCCAUAUGACAUGGAUAAAGAAUAUCACUUCCUGUUUUCGUCUCUAGAGAAGAGAUACGCAUCAGACGCCAAGCAUAGAAUCUCGACUUUGCAGAGCCAACUGAGUCGCUAUUGUCCCGUCAAUCUGACUGGAGAGAUUGGUGGCGUCAGCGACGGGGACAUCAAGGCAUUGUCUUACACGAUACGCGCGGCACAGAUUCUGGAUAGAAUAUUUAUCGAGCAGGAAUGUUCGAGCAACCCGGACUUAAGUUCCUGGCUGGAAAAGAAUGGCGAGAACUCAGAGCUCGACCACCUGAAGCUUUCUUAUUUCCGGAUCAAUAAAAGCCCAUGGUCUUGUCUUGAUGAAAACGAAGCGUUCCUGACAACUGCUGAUUCUGCGAUUAAAUCUACGAAAGCAACGGUACGAAGUGUUCACGGCUGGAAUGGCUUGGAAUACAGAGCUGCAUUUCCGGUGAUUAAGCCUCCUGGAGCAAACUUUUAUCCUCUGGACAUGGACAAAGCGGAGUUUGAGGCUUGGAAGUCCACACUAAACGAACAGGAAAAAGAAGAUGCAAUCGCGUUUUUUACUGUUAUUCGGAGAAAUGCUACUGAUGCUAGCCGCGGAUUAUUUCUCCGGAAAUACUCGGAGGAGUACAAGCCAUAUCUUGUAGAUGCGGCCAAGCUUCUCAAUACUGCCGGAGAUUGUGCUGAUACCCCCAGUCUGCAGCGCCUUCUCAAGGCAAAAGCAGAAUCAUUUGUUUCUAAUGACUAUUUUGAUUCCGACGUUGCGUGGAUUGAGCUGGAGUCCGCAAUUGACGUUACUAUCGGGCCCUACGAGACGUAUGAAGAUGCAUUAUUUGGUUAUAAGGCGACUUUUGAAGCUUUUAUCGGAGUUCGCGAUCAUGUAGCGACAGAGCAAGUUCGUCUUUUCAGUGGACAACUGCAGACUUUGGAAGACAAUCUACCUUUGGCUGACAAGUACAAGUCUACGAACGUAAAAGCUUCUCCGAUCCGUGUGAUUCAAUUGAUAUUUAACUCUGGAGACGUCAAGGGUCCACAAACUGUGGCAUUCAACUUGCCUAAUGAUGAGAGGAUUGUAAAGGAGAGAGGCAGCGCUAUGGUUAUGCUCAAGAACGUCUCGCAAACAAAAUUUGACCAGAUAUUGUUGCCAAUUGCAAAAGUCUGCAUUGCCGAGUCACAGAAACACUAUGUGGAUUUCGAGGCUUUCUUUGCGCACACAAUUUGCCAUGAAUGCUGUCAUGGAAUUGGUCCACAUACUAUUGUUCUCCCAGAUGGAAGGGAGUCGACUGUGAGGCUGGAGUUGCAAGAGUGCCAUUCUUCAUUGGAGGAGGCUAAAGCUGACGUGGUAGGCUUGUGGGCUCUUCAUUAUCUGCUGGAUCAGGGACUACUUUCCAGGGACUUGGAAAAAUCUAUGUAUGUCUCUUUUCUGGCUGGUUGCUUUCGUUCCAUAAGGUUUGGCUUGGAGGAGGCUCACGGCAAAGGACAAGCAUUGCAAUUCAACUGGAUUUACAACAAAGGAGGAUUCGAGCUCAACUCGGAUGGCACAUUCUCUAUCAAUUUUCACAAGGUGAGGGACGCAGUGAAGAGCCUCUGUACCGAGAUUAUGACUGUUCAGGCUCUAGGGGACAAGGCCGCCGCCAUUUCUCUUCUGAGCAAAUACGCGACCGUGACACCAGCACUGGAACGCAUGCUCUCUCGGGUCAGAGACGCAAAGAUACCGGUGGAUGUUGUCCCUUCUUUCGACGUGCUAGAGAGGCUUUGAAGCAAAAAGGAGUGGUGUUUAAAAGCAGAUCUCUUCUUGCUUGGCAAUACCAAAUACCUUUCUCUUCCGAGGUUAACACUUA